AUGGACCCGUUUCUCUUCGUUCCAAUUGAGGUUCGUCAGGCCGUUCUGGAGGAAUUGCCCACACUUCGAGACUUGCAGUCAGCAAUCCUAGCUGGCCGACCCCUGCUCGAUGCGCACCUGGCAAGCAGACGACUUAUUCGCCACCGCGUCUUCUUAAACCAGUACCACGACCUUGAAGCCAGAAAUAGCUCUGAGAAGGGGGGAAAGAACAGUUCUUUCGCUGUCGUCAGCCGCUGGAUCAAACAAUUGUCUGAAAAAGACCCAUACGACGGUCUUCUCCUCCGAGAAGCCAUCUGGCCCCACUUGUUGGCCCACCAGGAGCUGAACAACCGCACGUGCAAGGGAGACGAUCAUGUAGAGGUCUUCUGCUCGUGGGCCGAGCAACUUGCGCUCUCUUUUCGACAAUUUCACAGCGAGGAAAAAGCAAGGCACAUCGAAGCACAGACAUUACGUCUCGUGCCUGCCAACAGUCUUCACCUCAGCGAGCCAUGGCUUAAGUGGUUGCAGGCAACCAUCACCGCUUGCACGCACCAAGGCGACUACGGCUAUGCAGCGUGGAUAUGCAAAGAGAUGUGGUCUCGCUUCAACGGCGAUGGUCCGGACCACCGCCACAAGCCUGGAUUAGAUGGGCUCGCACUGGUCAGAGUGACCUCGACACUCUGUCGCCGCCAAGACGGUGCUGCGGCCUCGGAUGCAUUGUCCACGGAAGAAGUCAAUUCAGCACUCCGCUUGGCUUGGGGAUUUCUCCGUGUGCAGUUUGCCGGCGGUGGCCCCAUUCUUCAACCCGGAAUGUUCUGUUACCGGUGCCUUGACGCUGCCAAGUUGCUCAUCGAAGGGGCCCAAAUUUCCCGCGAUGCUGUCGAACCGGGUCUGCCUCAUUUGGAAAGAGUUUGGCAGGGUAUUCGACCAAGGGGUAUGGCCUUCAAUGCCUGGUCACACCUCUUCGUGGACAGCCAUGCCGACCGACUCGAAGGCGUUUUCAAAGUCUGGACGAGGCUUCAAGAGGACAGACCGGAAGCGUUCCUACAGGAUGUCGAUCUCGACUGGGCCAGAGAUAUCAUCUGCUUGCUUCGAAAGAGGGGCGCAAUGGAACAGAGUCUCUCUUUUCAGGCAGAAGUUUUCGAUUUAAUGUCUCCGGAUGACCACCAAUAUUGCGCCUUUGGCCGAAACCUUGCAGAUGCAUAUCUGAAAAAUGGCCAGAUCGAGCAAGCCAUUGGCGUGAGGGAAAAGGUAUUUGAUGAAUUACCCAUUACCUCGGCUGUUCGUCCCUCAUGGAUUACAGUGUUGGCUCGUCUGUACAAAAAGAUCGGCCGGGACGAAGAUGCAGCGCGUCUUUCAGAGCCUCUGUACGAGAAAAUGUAA